CAAAUAUAAAACAUUGGAUGCUGCAAUCUAUUGGUGUCAAGUGACGCAAUUAUAAAACCAAUUUGAAAGCAGAACAUUGGGAUAGUAGACCAGUACAAGAGAUUAUGGUGGCUGUCCCUGCAGGAGUAGACCCAGUGCAGUGGUGCCAACUAGUUAAUAAGUGGUCACAACCCCAAGACAAGGAGAGGGCAGCAAAAAAUGCGGAAAAUGCAAAAAAACAAAAGUGUCCGCAUACGAUGGGUCGGGUGAGCUCUAUAAGGAGACAGGAAGAAAUGUCUAUACGAGAUCGCUUGUUAUUAUGGAAAAUCAAUCGUAUGCGUAAAGAUGGAUCAUGGUCGUCUGAGGAGGCCAGACAAAAAUGGGUAACAUCGGUUGACGCUAGAAGAUGGAAAUUUCGAGGCCAUUGAGAAAGUCUUCAAGAUAAUCAUGGGGCCAGAACACCCAGGGAGGGUACGAACACAGGGUUUUGGGGUCACUCCAAGUAGAUAUUUUCCCCAUAGCACCACGACUCCAGGCAGCAGCAGUAGAAGCAAUUAUGCACUUGAGCGAGUUGUAAGACUUGAGGAGGUGGUGCAAACACUACAAAGUGAGAUGAAACAAUUCAUGAAAAAUUACCAGGGACAACAUCCACCACCAGGAAGCUCAACUAUGGUAUGCAAAAUUAAAAAGUUAAAUAUUUUCAUUUAUUAAUUUAUUUAUCACCUUAAUUUUUACUGAUUAUUUCUAUAUUAAU